AUGAAUGAACAGAACCUUAACCUAGCUGCUUUCAACACUGAUAGAUUACUUAAAACAUAAGCUGCUUUAAAUCAAGACAUUAUGCCAUAGCAACAUGCUUUUUAUUAGACAAAUCAACCUCCCACUGGUUUUCUUGAACGCUAAACUCAAAAACAGCGUAGGAGUGAUACAAGUUUGAAGCUACUUCACAAAUCUGGGAGAUAUGAUACUAAGUAUCUCCAAAUGGAGGAUCAACUAAAGAAGCUUUCCUUACUCAAGAGCCAUGAUAGAUAAAAUCUGAUACAAAGCGCCCGAAAUCAAAGGUUAGAAUCUAAUUAAGAGGGGAGAGAUACAGGUGAUAAAUAGUAAUAAGACGAUCACUCCAGAAAACAUGAAGAUGAUGCUGAUAUCGAUGUCAAAGGAUAGGCCUUGCAAAAAAGGGUUAAUCAUAAGUAUCUCACAUUUUCAGGAUAAAACUUUGCAACAUUUUAAGAUAGAAUGCCAUCACCAAUUCAAAAAGUUAGAGAUAUCCCUUAUAAAGCUUAGCCAGUAAUGUUAACUGAAAGAUUUAGCAAAUCUAAGUAUUCAUAGCCAAUUUAUAUCAUAAAAACCAGUCCAGAUUCCAAGAAAAAUCAGAUAUUUUAUGAAAAUAAAAACCUCUUUUUCUCACACUUAAGACCCAAAUCUAAAUCCAAUUCCAGAAAUGGUUCUCCUUUGAAGAGAAUUGUUGUUAAUCCAAAUAAUGUUCCAAUACAACAACCAACAAUGCUUGAGUUAUCUAAGGAAAAGUUGAAUGCAAGGAUUCAUACCUAAAUUAUGAGGUCACUUUUAAGGCAGUAGCUUAUGAUGAGUGACUAUUUAAAGAAGACCAAUUUGCAGCAAAAAAGAGAGGAGAUGGGUCGGCUGACUGAAGCAUUGAACAUUAAGAAAUAUUCAUUUAAUGAGUUUAGAGUGAUUUAGAAUAACAUUAAUUAAUAAUAAUGA